AUGAGUCCUGAAUCUUCACACGCAUCUUGGUACAAGGAGGAGCCGGAAACGAUUGAACCUGCCAUAAGAGAGGUCUUUGAGAAACACAGCAAAAUCCCCGCCGAGCGUGUCGCAGAGCACAUUAAGCAAGUGCGAGAUAAAGCGUACCAAAUUUCCCGCUAUCCAUGCAUUGGGGGAUAUUACUUCCUAAACCUGAAAGCACGAGAGGCACCAUGCUACCCCGAAGUCAAGAAACGUGUCCUAAACGGGGAAAAACUUCUCGAUAUCGGCUGCUGCCUUGGCCAAGAGAUUCGCAGAAUGGUUACUGAUGGCAUGCCGGCGGAGAACUUGUACGGAUGCGAGUUAAAGACGGAACUUGUAAAUCUGGGAUACGAAUUAUUUCUUGACAAGGAAUAUCUAGCGUCAAAGUUCAUCGUUGCGAACAUCUUCGAAACGCCCUCUGACCUGGAUCAGCUGGAUGGGAAGAUCAGCAUAGUCCACGCCCAGUACUUCUUCCAUCUCUUUACGUGGGACGAGCAGUUGCGGCUAGCUCAUCGGCUCGUAAGGUUAUCCAAACCAAACUGUGAGUUCUUGGUAUUUGGGGGACAUAUGGGAACGGACCAGGAAACUGAGGGGUAUCACGCCGACACUGGGAAGUUCUUCAUGCAUAGCCAUGAAAGCUGGAAGCGAUUAUGGGACCAGGUUGGAAGCGAAACGAAUACCUCGUGGGAGGUGGAGACAGGACGACAACCUGCAGACCCCAAUCUACUCUGGUUAUGUGGACCAGAGGCGUAUUUUAUGACGUUUGUGGUGCGCAGAGUACAAGUGUCCUCCGGAUAG